AUGUCGUCUGUUCUAUCGAGAUCACUAUUGUCACGUGUGUCUAGAAGCCAAGUGUUGUUAAAUUCAGCCAGAUCCCAGCUUAAGUUGCAAUUAAGAUGCUACGCUUCAUACCCAGAACAUUCAAUCAUCACCAUGCCUGCUUUGUCUCCAACCAUGGCUCAUGGGAACCUGGCAGCUUGGGUCAAGAAAGAAGGUGAUCAAUUAAAUGUAGGGGAUGUCAUUGCUGAGGUUGAAACUGAUAAAGCUCAAAUGGAUUUUGAAUUUCAAGACGAAGGUUACUUGGCUAAAAUUUUGGUACCUGAAGGUACUAAAGAUGUUCCAGUGAAUAAACCAAUUGCUGUCUUUGUAGAAGACGAAGCAGACGUGGCGGCUUUCAAAGAUUUCAAAUUAGAAGAUGCUACUACGCAGUCUACUGCCUCAGCUGUUGGUAUUAAGGAUUCAUCAACCAACAAUAAACCUGCAAAGAAUGAAACAACUACUGCACCAAUAACUAAUGCCACUUCUGAUACAAAGAAAUCAGUAUCUACAGCAUCUGACUCGACUUCUACAACAUCAAGAAUAUUUGCCUCACCUUUGGCAAAAACCAUGGCUUUGGAAGAAGGUAUUGCUUUAAAGAAUGUUGUUGGUACUGGUCCACAUGGCAGGAUUGUUAAGGCGGAUAUUGUAAAGUAUUUGGAAAAAAUAGCUGCUGCAGAAGCUUCCGUCCCUGAGACCUCAGUUAAACAACAAAAGACUACUGCGUCUGUGACUUCUACUGCUUUUUCUUCCACAACAUCUGUUUCCAAUACAUAUGAAGACAUUGAAAUUACUCAAAUGAGAAGGAUCAUAGCAGACAGAUUAUUGGAAUCUACUAAAUCAAUUCCUUCUUAUAUAGUGUCAUCUAAUAUUUCUGUCACUAAAUUACUAAAAUUGAGAGAAUCCUUGAAUUCUAGUGCUAAUGGUAAGUAUAAAUUAUCAAUCAAUGAUAUCUUAAUGAAAGCCAUAAGUGUAGCUGCAAAGAGGGUUCCAGAAGCCAAUUCUCAAUGGCUUGGUGAUCAAGGUAUUAUUAGAAUAUAUAAGAAUGUGGAUAUCUCUGUCGCUGUUGCCACACCAACAGGACUGAUCACUCCUAUUGUUAAGAAUGCUGAGUCUAAGGGUCUUGCUACCAUCUCUGCUGAAGUGAAAGAUUUAGCUAAGAGAGCCAAAAUCAAUAAAUUACUACCACAAGAAUUCCAAGGUGGUACUAUUUGUAUUUCUAACAUGGGAAUGAACCCAGCCGUGUCUAUGUUUACUUCUAUUAUUAAUCCACCUCAAUCAACCAUCUUAGCUAUUGGGACAGUCCAAAGAGUUGCUGUGGAGGAUGCAGGUGCUGAACAAGGUUUUACCUUUGACAAUCAAAUUACAAUUACUGGUACCUUUGAUCAUAGGACCAUUGAUGGAGCUCGUGCAGGUGACUUCAUGAAGGAAUUGAAAGCUGUUAUUGAAAAUCCGCUAGAGCUAUUGUUAUGA